CUCUCUCUCUCUCUCUCUCUCUCUCUCUCUUUGCCUAUCUCAUUUAUUUUCUAUAGUGAAAUAAUUACAAUGUUUAUAUCUAAGAUGCAAAUAUGGAAAUAUACCUCAGAAAGGACAAUAUAGCCUACUGGACGCGUCACCUGCGGAGAGUACGUGCAGCCAAUCACCGCGCUCUUCAUUGUCAACACCUACCAUCCAUCCAAUCACAUCCUCAGACGACUAAAAGCCGGAUCUCCUGCGCUUACAGUAAUAAAGCACUGUACACAUACUGCAAGUUUCAUUCAGAAGCAACUCCUGAGAGAAGAAGAAACAUUUCAAGAUGACGAUUGAAAAAAAUUAAUAAUUAACGGAUACUGAUUAUUACAUUUCUUUAUUUUGUUUAUUUAUUUAUUUUAUUUUUUUAAGCGCCGGUUGCUUUCUGGUGAUUUUAUUCUAAAGAAGACAGAUAUAGGGACUUUUUGAUUUUACAAACAAGAGAAAGAAAAGGAACCCUCGGUAGUUUUUUCCUGAUAAACUCCUCACGAUGGACUCGAACAGAAAGCAUGUGACACCGCGGCUAAUGGUGGCUGUUGGGACAGCAGUAAUUGGCUCCUUACAGUUUGGCUAUAACACAGGUGUUAUUAAUGCACCUCAGCUGAUCAUCCAGAGCUUCUACAAUGAUACGUGGCAUAAACGGUAUAACGAAUUCAUCCCUCCAACCUCCCUCACCAGUCUCUGGGCCAUUUCUGUUGCCAUUUUUUCUGUAGGAGGUAUCUUCAGCUCUUUCACCGUAGGAAUGUUUGUCAAUCGUCUGGGCAGGAGGAACUCAAUGCUUUUGGCUAAUAUCCUGGCAUUUGUAGCAGCUGCUUUAAUGGGCUUCUCUAAACUGGCUGCAUCCUGGGAGAUGCUGAUCAUUGGUCGGCUUGUUGUGGGUCUUUACUCUGGUCUGUCCACAGGCUUUGUACCCAUGUAUGUAGGUGAAAUUGCACCGACGGCUUUACGUGGCGCACUGGGCACUCUGCAUCAAUUGGGUAUUGUCAUAGGCAUCCUGAUGGCACAGGUCUUUGGCAUUGAGUCCAUUAUGGGAAACGCAACAAUGUGGCCUUUCUUGCUGGGCUUCACCUUCGUCCCGGCCGUGAUUCAGUGUGCCCUGCUGCCUUUCUGUCCUGAAAGCCCUCGUUUCCUGCUCAUCAACCAAAAUGAAGAGAACAAAGCCAAGACAGUUCUGAAGAAGCUUCGUGGCACUGAGGAUGUUGGAGAUGACAUCCAGGAGAUGAAGGAGGAGAGCAGGCAGAUGAUGAGGGAGAAAAAAGUGACGAUCCUGGAAUUGUUCCGGUCUCCACUUUACCGCCAGCCGCUCCUUGUCGCAGUCAUGCUGCAGCUAUCCCAGCAGUUCUCUGGCAUCAAUGCUGUUUUUUACUACUCUACAAGUAUUUUCAUCACAGCAGGAGUGUCCCAGCCGGUCUAUGCAACCAUUGGUGCUGGAGUUGUGAACACUGUAUUCACCAUAGUGUCUCUGUUUGUGGUGGAGCGAGCUGGACGAAGAUCUUUGCACCUCAUUGGGCUAAUGGGAAUGGCUGUGUCUGCUGUUUGCAUGACCAUUGCAAUGGCACUGAUUGAGACAGUCAAAGAACUUUCAUAUGUCAGCAUCGUUGCCAUCUUUGCAUUCGUGGCCUUCUUUGAGAUUGGACCUGGUCCUAUCCCAUGGUUUAUCGUGGCUGAACUCUUUAGUCAAGGCCCCAGACCUGCUGCCAUGGCUGUGGCCGGUUUCUCCAACUGGAUGGCCAAUUUCAUAGUAGGAAUGAGCUUCCCGUAUGUGGAGCAACUGACAGGCUCGUACGUCUUCAUCAUCUUCACUGUGCUGUUGCUCAUUUUCUUCGUCUUCACAUACUUCAAGGUGCCCGAGACUAAGGGUCGGACGUUCGAUGAGAUCUCAGCAGGGUUUCGGCAGAAUGCAGGCUCUGGAGCAGAGAAGUAUGGCCCAAAUGAACACAACAUGCUGGGCACAGACUCACAGCUCUGAUCCCUGUAUUUUACUCCCAUGCUGCCUCAGUGGCUCUCUAUAAACCUCUGAUAACAUACUGUAGAGUGUGCUGCAACACCCACUUUCAGAUAGAUGUGUUUAUCUAUCGGCAAGAUAGGAAGCCUGUGGCUGACUCCUGUUUGUGUUCUCUCUUUAUUACUUAGAAGAAUGAGAGUAGCUACUCUGUGGGCCACUUGUGAUUAUUAUGAAUUUUUUUUUUAACAAUUGUGCUAUCACUGUGUGAUCACUGAACACUUGCAUUGCCUGCUGAAAAAGAUGUACACUUUGGAUACACUACUGCAUCACAUUAUUGUUUAUUUACACUAGAGAUGCACCGAUACUAAAUUUCUCAGCCAAUAUGAUAUAACCGAUACCGAUAGUGCUGCCUUUUAUGCCUUCUUUUAAAUUAAUAAUGAUUCAUUUAAAAAAAUACAUUAAAAAAUUAUUUAAAAGAAAUCUGAUGCAGAUAAAAACUUUAUUCUCUCCAUUUCAGCAAGUUGUUUCAUAGUAACUGGUCUCAUAAACAGAAAACAAAUUACUCAAAUUAACAUUAACACAUGAACUAAAUUCUGAAGAUUAAAGUAAGAUUUCUUAACUUAUUGAAUGUUAUUAAUUCAUAUUAACAUUGACUGAAUUCUAAAAAUCCUCAUGUUAGUCUCACAUUCACUCACCUCAAACAAAAGCAUUUAUACUUCAUAAUUAAACAUCAAACUGUUAAUAUAUAAGAUCAACUUUUUUAUAUAUUAACAUUAACUGGAUAUGAAAUAUAAUACUCUACAAAUAUAUAUUCUGUGCAAUAUAUACUACAUUUUUGUCAAACCAUCUUCAUUGAAAUCUUUCAACGGUGUACUGGCCCUUUAAUUCAGCGCGAGGGCGACGGGGCAGCGGGAAACUUCUGCGGCAUAAAAUUUACUUCCGGUGUAAAAUUUUAGCGGUGCAGAGAUUACAGACAUUACAAACUGCAGUUUUGUCAUCAUUCCACACAAGAAACAUAUUUACACGUAGCACGAAAUCGAUGUGUUUUCCCGCCCUCUUUUGAUUGACAGGAUAUAAUUGGCCCUGAUCGUAUGUUUUUAAACUAUCGGCCGAUAGCCGAUAGCGGGAAAAACAGCCUUUAUUGGCCGAUACCGAUUAUCAGCCGAUACGGUACACCAUUCAUUCCACCUGAAUAAUGUCAGAAUGUCUCUGGAUCAGAAGCCUAUCCCAGGAAUACUGGGUCCAUGUUGAGAAUACAUCCUCGAUGGGACUCCAGUCUAUCUCAAGGCAUGAUGCACACACCUUCACACACUCUUUCACAGCUAGGGGUAAUUUUGCAUAGCCAAUACACCUACCAACAGGUUUUGGGAGAUUCCGCUUUCUAGCCAUUUUUACUCAUUUCACAUUUGAAUUUUUGUUAUUGUACUGGCAGAUACAUUUUCUUGUUUCUAGAAAUAAAUGCAUGAAGUAAGCAACAUUUUGAAAUUGGUAAGAAAUUUAUUGAAGUAGCCUUAAUAAUAAUAUCAUAUUUUAUAUACUGUAUACCAUAAAUACAUACAUGCAGUGCCCUUCAUUAAUAUUGGCACUCUUGGUAAAUAUGAGCACAGAAGGUAGUGAAAAUUUUUCUUUAUUGUAAAAAUUCACAAAUAUACUCUGCUCUCACGGAUAUCAAACAAUUGCAAACAACUUCUUUUAAUUAUUGCCCUGAUGGUGGAAAUGGGCAUUUUCAAUGUUUGUGCUAUUUUCUUAUAGCCACUUCCCAUUUUGUGAUGCUCAACAACCUUUUGCCGCACAUCACAGCUAUAUUCCUUGGUCUUACCCAUUGUUAUGAAUGACUAAGGGAAUUUGGCCUAUGUAUUACCUCAUAUGUAUACCCAUGUGAAACAGGAAGUCAUGGUUGAACAAUUUCCUGUUCCUAGUCACCCAGGUGUACAAAAAUAAAUGUAAAAUAUCAAUGGGAAUAUACUUCAAAUUAAUUUUUCUCUUAUGAAUUCAUACAGGUGCCAAUAAUUGAUGCACACCUAUAUUUAACAAAGUUUUUUUUAUUAUUAUUAUUUUUUUAUAAACCUGUGUUGUGUUUGCAAUUGUUUGAUAUCCAUGAGAGCAGAGUAUUUCUGUGAAUUGUUUGAACAAAAGAUCCAAAGGUUAAAUAAUUAAAAAAAAAAAAAUCACAGCCUUCUUUGCUCAUAUUUACCAAGGGUGCCAAUAGUAGUGGAGUACACUGUACAUACAGACAUGCAUACAUUUACACACUGUUCCUGUUUCCAUCAGACCAAAUAAUUUAAUUGAUUUAUUGAUUUAUUGCUC